CAUUCCGUCUAAUCGAAUUUAAUUUUCUUUUUUUUUUCAUUUCGGCAGCAUAUCCAAAAUUAUCUCCAACGCCGUAAAAUUUCGUAAACGUUCGUGUUCGAUGUUACCACCCCACCCCCCAAAAUAAACAGUGUAUGCAAAAAUUAGAAACCGUUUAUCAGUAUUUGUAAGGUGCGAGUGAAUUAUAGUGGUGAACCGGACAGCAAAUUGUGUUUUCUUCGGCUAAACCAUAAAUUGUUUUUUUUUGGCGGAAUAAGCUCGCGAUAUUGCGUUUUUUGCUUUUGUGACCGUGCUUUGAGAGUAGAAAAACGACAACACAUUUAGUGUGAAUCAACAAUGAACACUGGAGGGGCUUAUGGUGGCGGAAAGGCUGGAGCAUCGUUUGAUUUGAUUACGUUUGUCCAGCGACCACAAGUUAUCCUUCGAGGAUGUUGCUGGUUGUUCUCGAUAAUUGUGUUCGGUUGCAUAUCGUCACAAGGCUGGCGCGUUGACCCAACCACAAAGAAAGAUAUCUGCUUGUAUAACAACAAUCCAACCGCAUGCAAUUAUGGCGUAACGAUUGGUGUGAUUGGCUUCUUAGCAUCCAUGGGUUUCAUUGCUGGCGAAUACUUUUUCGAGCAAAUGUCCUCCGUUAAAACAAGGAAACACUAUGUAUUGGGUGACUUAGGAUUUUCAGGAUUGUGGGCAUUUUUAUGUCUAAUUGGUUUUAAGUAUCUAUGGGGCGAAUGGUCAAAUGCAGAAGCCCCACCACAAGGCUACGGUGAGGGCAACGUUAAAGCUACAAUCUUUUUCCUCUUCUUAUUAAUAGGAGCAUGGAGUGGAUGUGCAUAUUUUGCCUAUAAACGAUUCCAGCAAGGAGCUGAUGUGGCAUUUGCAUCAACGUAUGAUGCAUCUGAUCCAACUGCCAACCAAUAUUCGAGCUAUCCUAUUGGAAAUGAGACCGAUCAGUACAAUGAGCCACCAUUUUCGAAUGCUGGCCAACAACAUCAAAGAGGCGGCAACGAAUAUCAAGCUCCCACCUAUUAAUCACCAUCAGCUUAAAAACUUUUUUUUGAUAAAACCAACAACCAUUUUGAAUGGAUAAACCAUUUAAUUUAUUAAAUCCAACACUUGAGAAAAGUACGCAGCAUAAAAAAGAUAAGGAGAGCAAACACAAAAUUAUAUCUCAAUUGUGCUGGAGAAGAAAAAAAGAAGAAGAAGAAGAAGAAUUGGUGGCCAAAUGAAACGGGUAAGGAAAAGAAAGAGAAGUUUGAAGCAACGUUAUAGUGACAAUAGCGUAUUUUUAAGAGUGAACAAAAUUUAACAAACAAAUUAUAACUACAGACAACAAUUCAGCAAUGAAAUUGAUGAACAUACAUAUAGCGCAAGUCAAAAGAACAUCACACACAGAACAAAACAAAACAAAACCAAACAAAUUAUUUUCAGAAUUACUAAAAGCAAAUAAUUAAAAGCAACAACAAGAACACACACAAAACAAACAAACAAAUGAAGGUUUGUGGUAGAUUAUUUAAGGAAUGUAUUGAUUAAGUAACUUCCACUGUUGUGUCAUUGCAGCACAAUAAUAUACAACUCAGAAAAAUCAAAUGAUUUACAGAGCGACA